GCAAGGGCGGCAGGACCGGCCGACAGGUCGGUCGGGGAUGGAGGCUGCGUGGCCCGUCCGGCCGCUGCUUCUGCUGCUGCUCCUCGUCGGCUGCGUCCGGUCCCUCUGCCCGGAGCGCUGCGACUGCCAGCACCCGCAGCACCUCCUCUGCUCCAACCGGGGUCUCCGGGCCGUGCCCACGACGGGCGCCCUGCCCAGCCCCCAGGCCGUGCUGACCUACAGCCUCGGGGGCAACUUCAUCGCCAACCUCACGGCCUCCGACUUCCCGCGCCUGGCGCAGCUGCGGCGGCUGGACCUGCAGUUCAACCAGCUCCGCUCCCUGCACCCGCAGGCCUUCGAGCGGCUGUCCCAGCUGGAGGAGCUCUACCUGGGCAACAACCUGCUGCGGGGGCUGGCCCCGGGCACGCUGCGCCCGCUGGGCAGGCUGCGGGUCCUCUGCCUGAACGGGAACGCCCUGGGCCGGCUGAGCCGGGGCUCCUUCGACGGGCUGGGCAGCCUGGUGAAGCUGCGCCUGGACGGCAACGCGCUGGCCGCCCUGCCGGACUCGGCCUUGGCGCCGCUGGGCAACCUGCUCUACCUGCACCUGGAGUCCAACCGGCUGCGCUCUCUGGGCCGGCACGCCUUCUCGCGGCUGGGCAGGCUGCGCUUCCUCAACCUGUCCGGCAACGAGCUGCAGCCGUCGCUGCGCCACCCGGCCGCCUUCGCCCCGCUGCGGGCCCUCACCACCCUGGUCCUCUCGGCCAACGGGCUGCGGCAGCUGGGCGGCGGCGCCUUCCGGCACCUGCCCCGCCUGGCCCAGCUCUUCCUCGGCGGCAACCGGCUGGCCCAGCUGGCCCCCGAGGCCUUCCUGGGGCUGGGGGCUCUGCGGGAGCUGCGCCUGGACGGCAACCGGCUGAGCCGCCUGCCCCCGGCGCUGCUGGCCCCGCUGCGCAGCCUGGAGGUGUUGGACCUCAGCCGCAACGCCCUGUCCGCCCUGCACCCGGCCGCCUUCGGCCCCCUGGCGCGGCUGCGGGAGCUCAGCCUGCGCGACAACGCGCUCAGCUGGCUGUCGGGGGACACCUUCGCCGCCAGCCCGGCCCUCCACUCUCUGGACCUGGACGGCAACGUCUGGACCUGCGACUGCCGGCUGCGGGGGCUGAAGCGCUGGAUGGGCGCCUGGCACUCGCAGGGCCGGCUCCUCCCCGUCUUCGUGCGGUGCCGAAACCCGCCCGCCCUCAGCGGCAAAUACCUCGACUACCUGGACGACCUGCAGCUAAGGAACGGCUCCUGCCCGGACGCCUCCUCCGUCGUCCCCUCUCCCUCCUCCUCCUCCUCCCCGCCUCGGCCGACGGCAGACCCGGCCGGGCGGGUUGAGGGGACGGGGGCGUCCCCUUCAGGCGGGACCGGGGAGCGGCCGCAGCCGCUGCAGGGGGCGCCCCCUCCAGGCGGGACCGGGGAGCGGCCGCAGGGGGCGCGCCCUCCAGGCGGGACCCGGGAGCAGCCGCCGCGGCGCGGCCUUUCCGGGGCGGUCCCGGGCCACAACCGGAGCGACUCCGGCCCCCUGGGUCCGGCCCGGCGGCCCCCGCCGUCGGAGCCGAAGGAGAAGGCCGAGGCCCCGCCGCCCACCGCGCGGGCGGCCGGCGGCUCCGCCCCUCCGCCCGCCGGCUUCCCCUCGGCGGGCGGAGCCGGCCCCCGCAGCCCCCCAACGGCGCCGCCGCUGGUGUCCGACCCCUGCGACUUCAACAAGUUCAUCCUGUGCAACCUGACGGUGGAGGCGGUGGGCCCGGACACGGCCACGGUGCGCUGGGCCGUGCGGGACCACCGCAGCCCUCGCCCGCCGGGCGCCGCCCGCUUCCGCCUGCUGUUCGACCGCUUCGGCCAGCGGCCCCCGUUCCAGCGCUUCGUCUACCUGCCCGAGCGCAGCGCCGCGGCCACGCUGCGGGAGCUGCGCGGGGACACCCCCUACCUGGUCUGCCUGGAGGCCGUGGUGGGCGGCCGGGUCUGCCCCGUGGCCCCCCGCGACCACUGCGCGGGGCUGCUCACGCCGCCCGAGCCCCCCGCCGCGGGAAUCGUCGCCGGGGCCGUGGACUACCGCCUGCUGACCGUGGCUCUGCUGGCCGUCAACGCGCUGCUGGGCGGCGUGGCCCUGGGCGCCUUCGGCUGGCGCUGGCUGCGGGGCCGGCGGCGGGGUCGGCGGAAGGCGGCGGGGCCCGGGCCCGUGCGCCACGUCUACUCCACCCGCCGGCCGCUCCGCUCCGCCGGCACCGGCGUCUCGGCCGACUUCUCCGGCUUCCAGCCCCACCGGCCCCGCCCCGCCGCCGUCGCCGCCGCCGCCUGCGCCCUGGGCGAGGCCGACCUCAUCGAGUUUCCCUGCGACCGCUUCGGGGACAGCGCGGGCGGCCGGAGGGAGGACCUCCUCGCCCAGCGCUUCGCCGACUAGCCCCGAGGGAAACGGGCACUGGACCGCCGCUGACACAACAGGCAGCGUGGUUCGGUGCAAGGAGUACGGGCUUUGUACCUUGGAACCUCCCCAGCGCUUAGAACAGUGCUUUGCACAUAGUAAGCGCUUAAUA